AUGGACCGUGUGGGAAAGACACCAACUGUCCUCUUCCAGAUUGUGUUUUAUGAAGACAAAAACUUCCAAGGUCGCUACUAUGAAUGUAGCACUGACUGUCCCGAGCUUAACACCCACUUCAGCCACUGCAACUCUAUUCGUGUGGAGAAUGGGGCCUGGGUCCUCUAUGAGAGGCCCAACUACUUGGGUUACCAGUACAUUCUGACCAUGGGGGAGUACCCUGAUUACCAGAAAUGGAUGGGCUACAAUGACAGCAUCAGGUCCUGCCGGAUCAUCCGGAACAUCUCUGGCGUGUACAGGAUUCGUGUCUACGAGCGUCCGGACUUUGGUGGUCAGAUGCUGGAGUGCACUGAAGACUUGAGCAACCUGCCUGACCGCUGGCGCCUCCGCGAGAUCCAGUCUGCUCAAGUGAAGGAUGGUGCCUGGGUCUUUUACGAGCUCCCCAACUUCCUCGGGCGCCAGUACCUGCUGGAGAAAGGAGAGUACCGCCGCUUCACAGAGUGGGCAGCCAUGAACCCCAGUGUGGGGUCCUUCCGCCGCAUCCACAGCUUUUAGACUGACUCUCUUUCAGUUCAUGUUUCACAUCGCUGUUCUUUGGAAAUUUAAUAAAAAACAAUUGUGCUCAGUAUGCUUAUCCCUCCAUAUUUUGUGUGCUCAUAGUCAGAGGUGGUUCAAACAGGUAUGAACAGACUCUAGGAAUAAAUUAAAAUAAAUGGGCCUGUCUGAAUGUCUCCCAGUCUGAUCAUUUUUGUUAGACUGCACAAUCACAUAUCCACAUACGCAGCUCUUUGUGGCUUAUGAA